CACCUUGCGUCCAGUGAAGUUUUGUCACCAAUUACCGCCUACCACAUAACGCACAUUUAAUAUGGCCAAGUCGCAUAGAGUAAAGAUAGCCUGUAACCUAUUUAGACUUUUGUCAGUAACACAGCUUAUUAAUUUCUGGCCAUAAAGUUAUGUGGUUUUAAAGGUGUUGGGCCAUUGUCAGCGUCAGUGGCUAUAACUACGUCAGGCUAUUUGUUACGCAAAGCUGCGUUUAUGGUGUCACCAUCACAGAGAGUAAAUAAGAAGCCUGGGAUUUACGAGUUCAUUUAGCCUCUAGACAACCGUCUCUCAUUUUGCACGAUAGGACGCUAUCUCAAGGCCUAUUUCACGUGAUUCUCUCGAGCUUCAAGAAAAUACUAUUGAUGAGGUGCUGCGAUCGGCACCUGAGGCGGACCGAACCGGCCCCAGGGGGCAGCCGCAACGAGCUGGUGACCCCUCCGCCGCGCUCUCGCCGCAACGGCUGGUCCGGGAAACCGGAGAGCCUGCAGCUGAUUUCCUAUUUGACCUACACGUACUUCGUUAUCGUUGGAUUUGGCAUCUUCAUUCCACUGCUGCCCACCCCAUGGGACUUGAUGGCCUAUGGUCUGCUUGGAUUUCUCUUUAUUGUUCAUCUAGUUACCCACAUUGCAUCUGUGACCAUAGACCCAGCAGAACCCAGUGUGCGCGCUAGAAACUACUCCACUACCUUGCCGACCUUUGACAAAAAUAAACACGAACAUGUCAUCUGUGACCUACACUGUAAAAUCUGUGAUAUUGAUGUGGGCCCUCGAGCCAAACACUGCAAGACUUGCAACAAAUGUGUUACAGACUUUGACCACCACUGCAUAUAUCUGAAUAAUUGUGUGGGAAGGAGGAACUACUGGUUUUUCUUUGUGACCGCGUUGACUGCUGCUAUUGGAGUGUUGCUGCUGCUUCUCAUUGUUCUCUUCAUCUUCAUUGAGCACUUUUUGAACGCAGCCGUACUCCGCACCGCGCCUCAGUUUCAGGGUCUGAAUAACUCCACGUGGUUGGUGUUCCUACCGCUGGCUCCUGUGCAGACCAGCUCUGCUGGACUCUUGGUAGUAAGCAGCUUCACCAUUAUACUGGCGCUGGUUUACUUUCUGGUUUUGGUUCACCUGCUGGGAUUUCAUAUAUUUCUCUUGACAAAGAAGGUUACUACAUAUGAGUACAUUAUGAAAAAGCGGCAGGCACGGAACAAUCGUGAUGUAGUAUCGGGGCGGAAGCAAUCCCGACCCACAAGUGCAGAAUCAGCAAAGCCACAGCCUUCUGUGAAUGUAUCUGUGGACUGUGAAUCACCUAUGCCUAGUCUGACCAGUCAAACCAGUCAUAGCAGUGCGGAGUACGAGGAUGAGAGGAAAGAACUUGCCGCACGUCUCUCUAUGACUAUUUGUGCAGAGCUGCGGCAUCUUCAGAUUUUGUCAUCACCUGGCCCGAACAAUUACUACAGCACUAGAGCAUCAACUGAGAUGAUGCCAGGUAUGAGGGCCCUCAGUGAGUCCCUCAGCUGGACUGGACAACAGCAGGUGGUGGUGAAUGGAGAGCAGGGCAAUGAGAUGUCCACUGAAGCGACUCCUGUUAUCCAGAACCCCCUGGGCAGCUCUGUCAUAGGCACCGCAGCAGUAGAGCAGCAGCUGAGUGUGGACGCAAGGUCUGAGUCGGCCCUCUCCAAGCAGUGAGGGAAGUGCCUCGGCUCGACCGGAAACCUUCUUGACCUGGACCCUAAUGGUUAUUUGACAAUGGAUACGACUACUGAUUCUGAAUAUGGAUGAUGAUUAUGGAAUAUGGCUGACCAGAAGAUAUCGAUAGAUAUUAUUUUACCUGAAUCGUGAUGAUUUUUUGAAAAUGGAUAUGACUACUUAUUCUGAAUUUUGACGAUGAAUAUGGAUUAUGGAUGAACAGAAAAUAUUGAAAGAUAUUUUUGGACCUGGACCCUGAUGGUUUUCUGACAAUGGAUACGACUACUAAUUCUGAAUUUUGACGAUGAAUAUGGAAUAUGGCUGACUGGAAGAUAUAUAUACAAAAUAAUUUUGUAAUAUAUUGAGUAUUUUGGAAAAAUGGAUAUUUUUUCAUGGAUAGAAGUUUACACUGAUCUUUUCAAGCGUGGAACCUGACUGGAAGCAUCUUGCACCUUCAUUUAUUAACUUCAUGAUGAAUGCAUACUUGAAUCUUUUUUUUAUCAUUUUUUUUUUUUUUUUCAUUUUUAACUUGAACUGUAGAAAAAUAAAUGUCUUGACAGCAAGUAA